GUAUCCGUCAGCUUCAACUAAUACUUUUGAAAGUAGCAUUGAUCCUAGGCAUUGAAAUUCAUGUCAGUGUAGAAUUCCAAGGACUUGUACACCCUCCUGAGGACCAAGAAAAUGAACGGAUAGGUUGGCGGGCACUGGUGCACCCUAAAACCCAUCCUGUGUCAGAAUAUGAAUUUGAAGUGAUCAUUGGAGGGGAUGGCCGUAGGAACACCUUGGAAGGAUUUCGUCGGAAGGAAUUUCGAGGCAAACUGGCCAUUGCCAUUACAGCAAAUUUUAUCAACCGAAAUACAACAGCAGAAGCCAAAGUGGAAGAGAUCAGUGGAGUGGCUUUCAUAUUCAACCAAAAAUUUUUCCAGGAGCUCAGGGAAGCUACAGGUAUUGACUUGGAGAACAUCGUCUACUACAAAGAUGACACACACUAUUUUGUAAUGACGGCCAAAAAGCAGAGUUUACUGGACAAAGGGGUGAUACUGCAUGACUAUGCCGACACAGAGCUCUUGCUUUCCCGGGAGAAUGUGGACCAAGAGGCUCUGCUGAACUAUGCCAGGGAAGCAGCAGACUUCUCCACCCAGCAGCAGCUACCAUCUCUGGAUUUUGCCAUCAAUCACUAUGGGCAGCCCGAUGUGGCCAUGUUCGACUUCACUUGUAUGUACGCCUCUGAGAAUGCUGCCUUGGUGCGAGAGCAGAAUGGACACCAGUUACUAGUGGCUCUGGUUGGGGACAGCCUCCUAGAGCCUUUUUGGCCAAUGGGAACAGGAAUUGCCCGGGGCUUUCUAGCUGCUAUGGACUCCGCCUGGAUGGUACGAAGUUGGUCUCUAGGAACAAGUCCCUUGGAAGUCCUGGCAGAGAGGGAAAGCAUUUAUAGGUUACUGCCUCAGACAACCCCUGAGAAUGUGAGUAAAAACUUCAGCCAAUACAGCAUAGACCCUGUCACCAGAUAUCCCAAUAUUAACAUCAACUUUCUCCGGCCAACCCAGGUGCGCCAUUUAUAUGAUACUGGAGAAACAAAAGAUAUUCAUCUGGAAAUGGAGAACCUGGUGAAUUCCCGAACUACCCCAAAGUUGACUCGCAAUGAGUCUGUACCUCGUUCAAGCAAACUGCUUGGUUGGUGCCAAAGGCAGACAGAUGGCUACACAGGGGUCAAUGUGACAGAUCUCACUAUGUCUUGGAAAAGUGGCCUGGCCCUAUGUGCAAUUAUCCAUAGAUACCGCCCUGAUCUGAUAGAUUUUGAUUCUUUGGAUGAACAAAAUGUGGAGAAGAAUAACCAACUGGCCUUUGAUAUUGCUGAAAAGGAACUGGGCAUUUCUCCCAUCAUGACAGGCAAAGAGAUGGCCUCGGUCGGGGAGCCUGACAAGCUGUCCAUGGUGAUGUACCUGACCCAGUUCUACGAGAUGUUCAAGGACUCACUCCCCUCCAGCG